UUUUCAGUCUCAGUCGGUCAAACCCAACAACAUGACCCUAUCUGAGUCUAAGACUGAGCUCUGGAACCUGGACAUCAGUAAUGUCCAGCCCGACGAGAAGGGUCCACAUCCAGCCAAAGAUGAAACCAGGAUCAUCAUGCCAGUCAGGGGCUGGUUUGAAUCCUAUGUGCAGCCCUGUCUGGGGGAGUUACUGGGUUCAUCUUUGUUUAUCUUCAUAGGGUGUCUGUCUGUGAUCGAGAACACGGAGGGCACCGGGAGGCUGCAGCCAGCCCUGGCACACGGCCUAGCUCUUGGCAUCGUCAUUGCUGUGCUAGGGCAGAUCAGUGGGGGACAUUUCAACCCAGCCGUUUCUGUGUCUGUGUUUCUGAUUGGGGGUCUAGACCUUCUAUUGCUGUUCCCAUACAUAUUGGCUCAGAUGUGUGGAGGGAUGAUAGGAGCCGGGCUGGCUAAGGCGAUCUCCCCAGUCAGUAAUUAUGCUAACACCUCGGGUGCAGCGUUCAACACUGUGCAGGCAGACUCCCAGAUAGGCCCAGCUACAGUAGCAGAGGUGGUCAUGACCCUUUUCCUCACCAUGGUGGUCUGCAUGGGGGCUGUAAAUGGACGCACCCGCAGCUUGCUGGCCCCUCUCUGCAUCGGUUUGACUGUGACUGCAGACAUCUUGGCGGGGGGAGCAGUGUCUGGGGCAUGCAUGAACCCAGCUCGUGCCUUUGGCCCUGCUGUGGUUGCUAACUACUGGAGCUACCACUGGAUCUACUGGGUGGGACCAAUGGCUGGAGCCUUGCUGACAGCCAGCUUUAUACGAUUACUGAUAGGGGAUGUUGAAAUCCGAGUACUCCUAAGGUGAACCUUUCGCAUCUUUCUGCAACAAGGAAACUGAAAGUGCAGCAACAGUCUAUAAAACUUCCACCAGAGUUUAAAUUAAUGUUUUGACCAAAUUGUCCACUGAGCAAAUAUCAUGUCUUUGAAUGUCUUUUAAACCAGAAAGAGGUCUUUCCAGCUAGAAUUUUUUUUUUUCUUUAUGUUUUUGCUACAUCCUUUGCUCAGUGAGUCUAAUUUUCUACAGACACAUUAUUACUAUUGCAAAACAGCAUUUUCAUGCACAACUCCAUAUUCCAUAUUCCAACUACUGGAGAAAACCCCUCAUAUCGAUAGUGAUGCAUGCUCAUCAGAAGAGUGUCGGAUAUGUUGAAGCGAACUGUCAUUACAAUUGCUUCACAGCAACCUAGUACAAUGAAGUUUGUCAUAUAUGGUUUGUAAAUCCCUCACAUCUCAAACAGUGUUUUUCAUUUAGAAGGUAAUUAAACACUUCUACUUCUAGUGUUGAAUAUGUUGUAUUGAAGUGGCAACUUAAUGCUUCAAGGGAACACUGUAAAAUUAUAUUUGUAGUGUAGCAAGCCUCUGGAUGUCUUGUUAGAAUAGAACCUUUGCUCUCAUCAAGACAUGCAUCUUAGCACCUGUAAUUUGUUAAACAUCACUGGAACUCUGAUUGGAACCAGGUUUGAAACUUAAUAUUAGUUUUGAUGAGAGUAGAGGCUUUCUUGUGGCAAUACAUUCAAAUAUCUUGUUGGCAUUCAGAUGAUGUAUGGUCCCUUCCAAAAGUAUACAAAUGUUUUGUGUUAUACCUAAUUUAUCACUUAUCACAAUUUAUUGCAUACAAAAUCUACUAGAAAAUAUACACAAUGCUCCUUGAAAUAUCCCAUGUAAAUAUGAAUUCAAAAUAUUUGCCAUGACACACCAAAUGAAGCUGAGAUUAAUCCUUUGUCCUUUGAUCUUUUGGAGAUGUAAAAUGAUCUAUUAUAUAUAGAUGAUAUAAAAAGUCUACACACCCCUAUGAAAAUGCCAGGUCUUUGUGAUAUAAAAGAAUGAGACAAAGAUAAAU